CAUAUACCUACUAAAAUGGGUUGGUAGCACUAUAAACAAGUCACUAUCAAAAGUGUUAAAUGUCAAACUGUUUAACGUCAACUUUAAAUUUUAGAACUGGCGUGUUUUGCAAAAAAUCUCAACAAACACAAAACAAAACGUGACAAAACUCAGGUGUUUCAGCUUGAACUCAAACGUAAAAAACCCAAGAAGUCUGCGUAACAAGUUUCACUAAAUUCAGUGUGUCUGCUUCGCUAAAUCAUCUCUGUCUAGAAAAACUACAUUUUAACCUAAAAUUGUGCUCGUCCUAAAAUGUUCAAUUCAACAAAACUUCGAGAUUUUUCAACGCUGCAUGCGACAUCAGAUCCAAUCAAUGAGUCUACUAGUGCUGCUAGCAGCUUCAUACAACCAAAAGUUACAUCGACACCUUUGAGAAGAGAAAGCAUUUUUGCUACUCCUCCUAAACUUAGAGUCCUCACUCCACGCAGGUAUUCCUUGUCACAGAUUGCUACUCCUCCACGUGUCAACAGGAGAGAUUCUAUCAGAGCAGGUUCUCAUCAAAAUUUGCCAGGGCCAUUGCUGGCUUCCACUAAAUAUAAUGUCAGCGUCAGUACAUAUGAAGAUACAAAGGCACCUGGUUUAGCUGGUAGAAUUGUCCAAUAUCAUGAAGAAGCAGAAAGAAAUAAGGAACAUCAAAGGUUACCAACACAUCAGGCCAAAUAUGGGAGCCCAGGACUGUUUCCAAUUGUGCAUCUUUUCAAGAAAAAGUUGCCAAUUCUAGAGCAGAAACCAAGACAUGUUACAGUUAGGAUAGCAUCACCUGACCAUUUGAGACAGCAUUCCCAAGAAUAUCAACACCAGCUUCUUGGAAGCAUAAUCAAACCACGAGGUGUUCAUCAGAAACUAGCUGACAACCAGAGCAGUACAAGUCCUAGAAGUGUUUUGGAUGCACUCAAAGAAAUUUCUAGAAAAAGGAUACAUGCCACUGAGGUAGUGGAAAAUCAUGAGGACAACAACAGUAAAAGGAUAAGGACAGAAAAUGGAGGCCCAGUUGAUUCUAAUAAAAGACAGAGAGAUAAGUCUCCUCCAUCAGAAAAUGUUACCAGUCCCAGUAAACCAGUUUUGAAAAAGAUUUGUAUGUAUGAUGAAUAUGCUGCUUCAAGGUCUUCUAUGGACUUUUCAGUCAUCAAGAAACCUGAAACUCCUGUACCAAAACGAAAAUCUAUAAGCAUAAAUACACUGACUGACACUCCAAAAGAAUCAAAACAAAUAAAACUAGCCAACGCCGAAACUCAAACACCAGCGGAAGAAGCGGACAAAUCCACCAACACCAAAACCCUUCCCGUCGAACAAAAUCAAAAGGAAAAUCAAACCGAGCCAGACCAACCCUUGCCGGAAAAACGAGCGCCUCCUCUAAAAGUAUUCGACGACGCGCCCCUUGAAAGAAUCCGAAAAAAUAGGUUGGCAGCCCUGUUGGGCAGUCUAGCGGGAGUAGAUCCAGUUUUAGAGCCCAAACCAGAUAAAGCCAGUUUACUGAACGAGGAAAAACCCCAGGAAAAACAUCUUGUUUCCAUUCUGACUACACCGCACAAAACUGCUGACAAACUCGAGAGACAUGUUCAUUUCAACAUUCCCGAAAGUACCGAUCAAAGUUCCAACUCUUCUUCAAGCCUUAUCGGUACUACGAGUACUACGCUAGUUCCACCCUCUUCCCCUGUUGAACCUGAACCGACCCCAAAUCCGCUGGGUUUCACUACCACGAGCAGUACUUCUAGUUUUUCACUGGGGAACAUCGUCACCACAACAGCAAGUUCCGGCAAUGAACAGGCUGAAGCUGUUAGCGCAGUGAAGCUUCCUAGCUUCAACUUGCCAUCCGUCAAUAAUCUUCCUACUAUGACGGGUAGUACUGCUACUCUCACUCCCCCCAAUAGCAAGUCCAACCCCCCUAAAAUGGGCGGCUUCAAGUUUGACCUCAACAAACCCAGUAGUGAGGCCGGUACUGCUAAACCGUCUUUUGGAAAUUUGUCGUCUUCAAGUACGGCUGUCACCUCUUCCAGUCCCAGCUUCUCGUUCGGCCCGAAACCUGCAGCUGCGGUCAGUGCGGAUGGUACCAAGUCUAGCUUCGGUACUAUUAUGCCUACAACUACAUCGGCACUUGCGUUGUCUCCGGUAGUGAGCAGUUCGGCUGCUCCGUCUUUCAAUUUGCCGCCUAAAACUGAAGGAAUUCCAUUUGGUGGUACCAAUACUGCUUCUGCAGCAAAUUCGACAGCUUCAGUUGCUUCGCCGUUUGGUCUAGGUUCUGCUACUGCAACGACUGCAGAAUCUGUGAAACCUCCGAUGUUUUCGUUUGGCGGCAGUGAAAAUUCUUCUCCAGCACCUUCUUUUGCUUUUGGUCCAGCAAAAGCAACUGUUCCAGCUAGCAGUACGACUUCAAUCAACACUACAACUAAUAACAGCACAGGGUUUGGAGCUCCCACUACAGGUUUUGCUACUACUACCAAUGGUUUUGGAAUAGCUCCUGGUUUUGGGAUCACAACUACUGCAUCUGCUCUUGGUACUCCUGGUUUUGGGGCGACAACCACUGCAUCUACUCUUGGUGCUUCUGGUUUUGGAGCCACAACCACUGCAUCUGCUCUUGGUACUCCUGGUUUUGUGACCACAACCACUGCAUCUACUCUUGGUAAUCCUGGUUUUGGGGCCACAACCAUUGCGUCUGCUCUUGGUACUGCUAGUUUUGGAGCCACAACUACUGCAUCUGGUCUUGGUACUGCUGGUUUUGGAGCCACAACCACAUCAUCUGGUUUAGGUACUGCUGGUUUUGGUGUCACAACCACUGCUCCUGCUAUGGGAGGUUUCAGUACUCCAACAAAUGUUGCAUCAACAGGUUUUGGUUCGCCAGCGUCUGCGCAAUUUAUGAAUAAACCGGCAUCAACUUACGGUGGUGCUCCUCCAUCCUAUGGAACGACCUCGUCCUCUUUCACUAGUACCGCUCCUCCUGCUUUUUGGCAAGACAACUCAUCGACGAAAAACGUCGUUACGACCAAUACAACAUUCAAUCAAACUGGUUUCGUUGGUACUUCGGCACCUCAACAGCCAAGUUUUGGUGGUACUGCUGUGACACAGUCAUCUGGAUUUGGCGCCUCUAGCACUCCAUUCGGUGCUAGUGCAGCACCUUCUUUCGGCAACAGUGCACCAACGCCUUCGUUCUCUUUUGGACCGAAAACCACUGCUAGUACUACGUUUGGCGGCUUCGGUGCACCCACCACAGCGAACAGUAGCUUCGGCGGUGGUUUCGCUGCCCCCACCACAACCACUAACGCCUUCAGCGGCUUCGGUGCUGCAACUGCUGCUACAACGACUGCUAGCACCACCUUCGGAGGGUUCGGUACCACCACCACCACGACUGCGAACAAUAUGUUCAGCGGUUUCGGUACUACCAGUACCACGACGAAUGCCGGCUUUGGGACAGUAACUACCACUCCGUCGUUCGGAAGUACGAAUUCCUUCGGUACCACCCAAGCUAAUGCUUUUGGGGCCUCCAGCCCUGCAGGUUUCGGUGCUAGUACCACAGCUAGCAACUUUGGAACGACGAAUAUUCCAAGUUUCGGAGGUUUUGGUGGUGCAGCGACUACGGGGGGUUCAGCCUUUGGAGCUGCAGGUGGAUUUGGUGGUACUGGCACUGCUUUUGCCAAGCCUGCUGCGAGUAAUUCUUUCGGCGCUGCACCGAAUAGUACCGCGCCGAAUGGUUUUGGUGCUGCUUUCGGCACUACUCAAGCGCAAGCCUUCGGUACUGCUAGUCCGGUGACGACUCAAAACGCCGUUUUCAGCUUUGGGGGUGCCGGUACUACUUCGAAGCCGAGCGGGGUGUUUUCUUUCGGUGGUGGGGCAGCUGCUGAGAAACCAAAGUUCGAUUUUGGCAGUAGUGGUUCGGGUGGUUUUGGUGGUACCACCGCGGCGUUCGGUGGUACCGCUCCGGCUGCUUUUGGAGCGACUGGAACACCUGGUUUCGGAAUGGCGCAGAAUAAUGCGGUGGCUGGUACUUUUAGCAUCGGUAGCGGGCCCCAGACUUCUGGUAGGCCUAGGGCUCAGAUCAAGGCUAAGCGGAGGACUUGAUUGGCGAAAAUUUUCUCUUGAGUGGGUGAGUAAGUUGGUAGGGGUGGUUGGAAUGGAAGAGAAUCCUUUACUAUCGUGAAUUAGAGAGAUAAAAGUUCUCUUCUCCUCCAUCUUUCUCUUCAGUUCUACCAAUGUAACCUUGAGGUGUAGAGAGGCUUGAUAACUCUUUCCUUGUCUUCUAUCUAGUCUGUAACACUGAACUAAUUUCUGUGUUGCCGAGUUACACAGUUGAGUUGACAAUGAGAGGCAGAAUUAUGAGAAUUUAUUCAGUGUGGUAUUUUGCUAGACUAUUUCACGAAGCAUAAGGAGCAUUAAGUAUGAAUGAACAAGCCAACUAGAGCGAUUCAUUCUGACACCGACAGAUACGAUUAUUUUAUGUCACACAGUUAGUGACAUUUUGUUAUUUCUGAUAUAAUUUGACAUCGAAAAUAAUUCAGUGGCACCGUCUAGUUAGAUGGUAGACAAGGAGAGAACUAUAGGACUUCUCUAUAUUUCAAUUCGUUACGUUGGUAGUACUGAAGAGAAGGAUAGAAGACAGGACUUUUCUCUCUCUCUCUCAUUCACUAUAAUAAAGAGCUCAAUUGGUUGAGAUUUAGCCGUCAAAUUUUUGUGGAAAUGUAAAUUGUUUUCUUUGUGAAAUUACCGGGUAUUUUGAAUGUUUUCAUAGCAAAUAAAGGGUCUGUUUACCGAAUUAUAUUUAGUUUGGACUAAUUUUAUGAAAAUCAUUAAUUGAAUAUUGUUCAGUCAAGUUUUUCCCACGCAGUUCAAUGAUACUGUAUUUUCAAUCAAUUCUUAGACUAUAUUUCAAAUAUGUAAACCAUAACAGUGUGUUAAAGAAUAUAGAAGUGAAACCUUUUUUGGACAAGAAAUAUAAAAAAAUUUCCAUUAAGAUUAGUUGUUUACAUAUAAUGACAGCGAUGAUUUUUUAUUGAUUAGAAAUAUUUCGAUUGUUUUUCAAUCUCUGAACAAUCAUAAAACAUAGUUAUUUGAAACUAAAAUUUUAGUUGUUUCUUCUGAUUUUUUUAAACUUAUUGUUGGGUAGUGUUAAAUAUACCAAUCUAAUAUAACAAUAGUUAUUGUAGCAAUUCAUUGUAACAAAUGUGACGUAAGCAUGAUAUGUUGUUUUAUAAAUAUAGUAUUUUUUUACUGUCGAAAAUGUGAUAUGUAGUGUAAUUUACAUAAUUCAUGCUUGCAGAUACAUCCCAUUAUUAUAUUCAUACAGUAUGGUGCAAAUGGAAAGAAUUAAUUCAUUAUUUUAGUAAAUCAGUGUUCCUUGAAUUUUAUAAUAAUAAAACGUUUGACAAUAUUCAAAACC